GUCCCGAAAGUUUCAGCUUCAGGUAUCUAAUCUAGUCUUUCUCUUGCGGAAGUCGUGACUCUCACCCUUUUUUCGGUCAAGUCCCACUACUCACUCUCCCCACGACAUCAAGCGCGACCUGGCCUGCGUUAUUGCUUUCUUUUCGCCAAGUCCCAGCCAUCGCUUCCGUAACCUCUCGCUCUUUGUAUCCCUCUUGCUGGUUUUUGGAUUGCCACGAUGCCUCCUACCGAUACGAGCAGAAAGCGACCCAGCGAUGGAGGACCGGAAGAUGCCCGGCCCCACAAGAGGAGAUCGCAGGGCGCACCUGCUGCGUCCUCGAGCCCAGCCUCUGCCGAAGAGAGCGACCCUCCAGCGCUGACCAGUCUCGCGGAUGGAUCGAGGAGAUACGGCGAGUUCAAGGGUGAUAUAGGAGAUGGCAUCCAUAGGACAUUAUCCGGAGGUGGCGCCCUCUUCCCAACCAACUACAAGCUCGAUAUCAAAUAUCCCUCCCCGUGGAUCUGUCCGCUCUACAACUGUAGGAUUCCUUUCGACCAGUGCAGUAACCUUGGACGUCACUUUUCGAAAGCUCAUCGCGGCUUGAAACUCUACGACGAGGAAGAGCGCGGUUUCUUUCACACCAGAGGCAUGAGAACUAACCCAGACAAGGACGGCAGGUUUCGACCCAUUGUUGUCGACAGAGGAUUUCGCGCUCCAGGUAGACAAGAUGAUCGACAAGCCCCGGCCGCUUCCGCCGCUGCCACCGCAACCGCCCUUUCCCCGUCUACUGCUGCUCGCGCCGUCAAUUCUUCUGUCUCGACGCUUACCACUCCCGCCCAAGCGGCGCGGCCAUCGUCUCGCAAUGUUAUCGACCUCAGUAGCGAUAACGAGGAUGUCAAGCCAGUUGUUAAAGGUACUCCAGUGGGAAACACUGCCUCGCGUUUCCCGGCACAACGAGAGAAAGCAAGAGGGGAGACCAAGAACACUGGCACUGCUAACAGGGUGAACAAUCCUCAAGAGCUGGGCGGUGCACAGCAUCAUAGGAACAUCUUUGCGAGUUGGAGGCAGGAAGCCGGUGCGCAGCACCUCGAAGACAGCUCGUCCACAUCCAACAGUGAAGAUGAUGACGAUUCCGACCCCUUCGACUUUGAGCCCUCCAAUCUGCCUGUUCUCCGCAAGAACGCCACACAACAGCAGGAAACAAGUACCGAUACUUCACCGAUCGUCCUUGCCGACUCCAAGCAACCGUCCGAUCCCAGCAAGUCAGCAAUUUGGCGGUACCUCAUGACGCUUACCAAGACCGAAAUUCCGGUUCCUGAUGAUCCGGCCAUCACUGAGCUCCUUACACUCCCAAAGCGCCGCGACCUUCCGAAAACAUGGCAAAAUAGAGUCUCGAAGUUUGAGGAUUUCCAUCUGACUACACUCACCGCACUAGUUCUAUAUAUCGGUGGGGACGAAGCGUCUAACAGCCCCUGCAAAUGGAUGGGAUGUAGCGUCCAAACAGAGAUCGAGUUCAAUCGUGGGAGCUGGAUCGACUACAUGUAUGCAUUUCCUAAAUGUGUUUUCCUGCCAGUUCCAAUCAGUGAGCGAUUGGGUCAUCAUUUGUGCUGCAACGCAUAUCACAGGGGCUGGAAGAAGGAAGCCCCUUGGAAGAACAUGGUUCCCAAUGAGCAAAUCAAGGCGGCACGGCAUGCAGAGCGUGCGGAGGUCAUGAAGAAUGCAUCUACCUCUAUCAAUAAGUCUGCUGGCACCUCACUGAGCACGAACACACCAAGCACAAUGCCAAAUACGGCCACAUUGACAAGCAAAGCUGGCAAUGAUGCGGUGCAGCUAUCACUAUCGCAAACCUCACUACCUGGAUGCCCUCCUCUGCAACCUGCGACCAUGGUUCGGGAUACGACCACUCACCGGGGCUCGGCACAACAAGCAACUUCACAAUACGGUGUGACGGAACACACAGGAAAUAAGUCCGGGUUGGAAAGCUCUCCAGUGAAUCCCAACGUAGAAACGAAUAAGUGGCUUAAUGUUGUGAGAGACAAAACAAGGAAGAAGACGAAAGGAGAAGGUACGCGCCAAAAAGAAGACCUUGGAGUGGAACAACAACACUCAUUGACUAGCCAGGCCCAAGUUACUCCAGUAUCUUCUGCGGCAGCUUCUCUGUCCAACCUUACGAUGCAGGACACAUCCACGGCUCCUUCCACAUCUCAGCAGCAAAGCCGCUCAGAAAACUCGCAGGAGGCAGCCAUCUUCAACCCGGCCAAUAAAUCCCCCCAGUUCCUCGGCCUCCAAGGUGAAGAGACCCAACUCCUACAGGCAUCCAGAAGGCACACCUUGGAAUGCAUGGUCGUGGCAGGAAGCAUGAAGGUCAAGAUCAUCAAAAACGGUGGCAUGGCUAUCACAAGCAGGGUGGACGCAUCAAAGACUUGGACUGUCGACCCGGACAGUCAGUGUUUGGUCAGCAACUUUUUCCCGGCGGCCCAAGAGGUUGCUGUGCUUAAGGUCAAAUCUCAGCCCGUGUUGGCAAGUAAGGAAUGAUUAGCUGAGGAAGAAAGAGUGGGAUAGACAUAACUGGUGAAAGAUGUAGGAGGUUUUG